AUGGCUAUCCUUAACUCAAACCCAGAGAUACUCUUACGUAAACGGAAAAAUGCCGAUCGUAAAAGAUUAGAGAAACAAGAACAAAUACGUGAGAAAAUAGCAGCUAGCAAGAGGUUGAAGUUGAUACAAAAAAAGAACAAGUUUAUACGUGCUGAAACAUUACUCAGUAACCACAAAUCAAACGAGAUUGAACGUAAAAGAUUGAAAAAUGUUUCCAAGAAAUUGAAUAAGUUGAAUAAUGAAAAGAACAACCAGUUAGGUUCGAAAAGUGAAGGUCAAGAAGAAUAUAGAUUAUUACUUUUAAUCAGGAUACCUAAUCAUACAAAGGGACUCAAAAUCCCAAAAAAAGCAUACCAAAUCUUACAAGUUUUGAAGUUGACUGAGUCUAAUACUGGUGUGUUUGUUAAAGCUAGUGAGUCAACUAUACGGUUAUUAGGAUUAAUUGCGCCCUUUGUCAUUAUUGGACAACCAUCAAUUGCAUCGAUACGUAAAUUAUUUCAAAAAAGAGCACGUAUAAAAGUGCUGGAAGUAAACGAAGAAACCAAUGAAACUGUGGAGAAAAUUGUAAAAUUGGAUAACAACCAAUUGGUUGAGGAUAAAUUUGAAGACGAUGGGAUGAUAUGUAUUGAAGAUUUAAUACAUGAGAUUAUAUCGAUGGGUGAUAAUUUUAUCAAGAUUACAAGUUGGUUGGAACCAUUUAAAUUAAGUCAACCUAUAAACGGAUGGGGUCCACAGGCCAAAUUGGCUAGACUAGUUUACAAUAAUGAUCAUAAAGUCUCGAUUUCGUUAGCUCAGGACUAUAAACUACAAGAAGUUGAAGAUAUCGAUAAAGUCAUCGAUCUGCAGAAUUAG